AGACCUCCAUCCAGUCAUCGAUGAACGAAUUGUUCCAUACCCGGCCCCUCUCCCCUACCGUUGACUGUCAAGACGCAAACGGAACCUGUAGGAGUUAGUUGACGGCUGAAAGAUUUUUGUUCGCUUUGCUUGUAGCCGUAGAUUGCGCUUCCCUUCCGCACGCAAUGGACAAACUCAAGCGGGCGCUCGGCGCGCAGCCAGCAGAGGCCCAGAGUGAAGAAAACCUUUUCACCGAGUUGACCACCCUGUCGUGGAGCACGCGUAUCAAGGGCUUCACCAUAUGCUUCGUUUUAGGUUUCGUAUUCUCGAUCCUGGGUGUUGGUCUGCUCAUCCUGCCGACCGGAACGAGACUAUUUUGCCUCUUCUACACCUUGGGGAAUAUCAGCGCGAUCUUCGCGACGCUCUUUCUCAUGGGUCCAGUCAAUCAGUUCAAGAAGAUGUUCAAUUCGUCUCGUUGGAUUGCAUCGGUGAUGAUGAUCAGUUUUCUCAUCUUGACAAUGAUGGCUGGACUGUACUGGAAAAAGAGAGGCUUGACAAUUCUCUUCUGCAUGUGCCAGUUCUUGUCGAUGACCUGGUACUCGCUCAGUUAUAUUCCGUACGCUCGAGAAGCAGUGAAGAAAACCUUCUCGACAUGCAUUGAUGUCUAGUUCGCGCUGAUCGGGAGCUUGCGGUGCUCCUGGACUUCACGCGGAGCGACUCGACUGGGAAUGUUUUUUCGAGAUUUGCAUUCGGUCAGAAGCCAAAGAAAGAAAACAGUCAGCCGGGAAUCUCGAGCCGCUUCCUGUGGAGAACAUCGACGACCUCAUUCUGGGAACGGGAGAGAAAUGUAUAUACUAUUGAUUCGGGAACUCUUCGUUAAACACAUUGUAUCCAUGAACGUCUCAUAUUGGAUGGAGGAUAAUCAUUGCACAUGUUGCAGUCCACAGUCGCGUUACGGCGUAAGUGAUGAAAAAGUGACCUGAAUUUCCGUGUAUAAAAUAAGAAAGAAGCGAGGAAUAAUAAAGUUUCCGCCCGACGGUCUUUGAAAUUGU